GGCCGUGGAGCGGCAGCGCCGGAGUCUGCCCAUCUUCCAGGCGCGGGGGCAGCUGUUGGCCCAGCUCCGAAACCUGGACAGCGCCAUCCUCAUCGGGGAAACUGGCUCUGGGAAGACCACUCAGCUCCCUCAGUACCUCUAUGAAGGGGGCGUUGGCCGCCAGGGCAUCAUUGCUGUGACCCAGCCUCGGCGAGUGGCGGCCAUCUCUCUCGCUACUAGAGUCUCAGAUGAGAAGAGAACUGAACUCGGGAAGCUGGUUGGCUAUACAGUGCGCUUCGAUGAUGUCACCUCGGAAGACACCAGGAUCAAGUUCCUGACAGACGGCAUGCUUCUGCGGGAAGCAAUUUCAGACUCCCUGCUUCGGAAGUACAGCUGUGUCGUUUUGGAUGAAGCCCACGAGCGGACUAUCCACACGGACGUGCUCUUUGGCGUGGUGAAAGCUGCACAGAAGAGGCGGAAGGAGCUGGGGAAGCUGCCUCUCAAAGUGAUUGUGAUGUCAGCUACGAUGGACGUGGACCUGUUCUCUCAGUAUUUCAAUGGAGCUCCUGUCCUCUACCUGGAGGGUCGGCAGCAUCCAAUCCAGAUUUUUUACACCAAACAGCCUCAGCAGGAUUACUUGCACGCCGCCCUUGUCUCAGUCUUCCAGAUUCACCAGGAAGCCCCUUCCUCACAGGACAUCCUGGUGUUCCUCACCGGCCAGGAGGAAAUCGAAGCCAUGAGCAAGACCUGCCGAGACAUUGCAAAGCACCUCCCGGACGGCUGCCCCUCCAUGCUGGUCCUGCCCCUGUACGCCUCCCUGCCCUAUGCCCAGCAGCUCCGCGUCUUCCAGGCAGCACCGAAGGGCUACCGCAAAGUGAUCAUUUCAACCAACAUCGCUGAAACCUCCAUAACCAUUACAGGAAUAAAAUACGUAGUUGACACGGGCAUGGUUAAAGCGAAGAAGUAUAACCCUGACAGUGGCCUGGAGGUGUUAGCUGUGCAGCGGGUGUCCAAGACACAGGCGUGGCAACGCACCGGACGCGCUGGCAGAGAGGACAGCGGCGUCUGUUACCGGCUCUACACAGAGGAUGAGUUUGAGAAGUUUGAGAAGAUGACCGUGCCAGAGAUCCAAAGGUGUAACCUGGCGAGCGUGAUGCUGCAGCUCCUAGCCAUGAAAGUCCCCAACGUGCUCACCUUUGACUUCAUGUCCAAACCGUCUCCAGAUCACGUUCAGGCGGCCAUCGCCCAGCUGGACCUGUUGGGUGCUCUGGAGCACAAGGAUGAGCAGCUCACCCUGACUCCACUCGGAAGGAAGAUGGCAGCGUUUCCCUUAGAGCCCAAAUUUGCCAAAACCAUCCUCCUGUCCCCCAAAUUCCACUGUACGGAGGAGAUACUGACCAUCGUCUCCCUGCUGUCCGUGGACAGCGUCCUCUACAACCCGCCCGCCCGGCGGGAUGAAGUGCAGGGUGUCCGGAAGAAGUUCAUCUCCAGCGAGGGCGAUCACGUCACCCUGCUCAACAUCUACCGGACCUUCAAAAACUUGGGUGGAAAUAAGGAUUGGUGCAAAGAGAAUUUUGUCAACAGCAAGAAUAUGAUGCUAGUAGCUGAAGUCAGAGCCCAGCUGAGGGAUAUCUGCAUAAAGAUGUCCAUGCCCAUCCUGUCGUCCCGAGGAGACAUGGAGACGGUCCGCCGCUGCCUGGCUCACAGCCUCUUCAUGAGCACCGCCGAGCUCCAGCCAGACGGGACCUACGCCACCACAGACACGCACCAGCCGGUGGCCAUCCACCCCUCGUCCGUCCUCUUCCACUGCAAGCCAGCCUGCGUGGUGUACACCGAGCUGCUCCACACCAACAAGUGCUACAUGCGCGACCUCUGCGUGGUGGACGCCGAGUGGCUGUACGAGGCCGCCCCCGACUACUUCCGCCGGAAGCUGAGGGCCAGCAGGAGCUGAGCC